AUGGAAUCCGCCAAGGAAUGUAUGUUUUGCGAUGCUCCGAAUUCCGCAUGCGACAUGGUACAGUGCGAUACUUGUGAACUUUGGGCUCACUAUUCCUGCGCUGGAGUGACGGAAGCGGUGAAGGAUCACGACUGGAAUUGUAGAAACUGCACUAAGGAGUUGCAAGUUCCAAAAGCGAAGAAACCGUCGUCCAAGAAAACCGGAAGCCAGAGAUCAAAAAGUGACGGAGGAUCGGUACAAAAAUCGAACAUGUCGUUGGAAGUUAUACCGAAAAACUUGGAGAUAGAACAACGUGCUAAGGAAAGGCAGUUGGAAGAGGAAAUGAUCUUGCAGGAGAGAAAGAUAGAAUUAGAGAGAGCGUUGAAGGAAAAGCGGAGGCAGAAAGAAAAGGAACUCCGUGGAAAGCAGUUGCCACAAGAGCGGGAGAUGAAGCAACGUCAGCUGAAGGAAGAGCGAAAGAUGUACGAGGAACAACUGGCGGAAGAAGCUGCUUUUUUGGAGGAACGUAGGAAGAUGCGAGAUGAGUUCCAGAAGGCGAAGCAAAAUGUCGUCAGGCAGUAUUCAAAAGAAAACGAAGCCUUUGGUGAUGCGCGAAAAGAUAAAAAAGCUGUGCCUUUCGAUAAGAACGUGGAAUUCUGGUGGAAUAAGCAAGGAGAAAGUUCGAAACCAGCUACUAGGAAAAGUUCAAGUGCAGGAGAAAAGUCGUCGAAGGCCGCAGCCAAUCUCGAAACCCUAGCCUGUGUUUAA